CUAUUAUUAGUUAUAUUUGUGAAAAAUAUUUAAGGAUCUAAUAUAUGCAUAUAUUACAAAUCUCUAUUUCUAAACGGGGGAAAUAGCAAAUCAAAUUAGUUAAUGUUUUUUUAUGCACUUAUCUUUAAAAUAAAUCUGCGUGCUUUCCGUUCUCUCUCCGCGGUGACGUCAGCGGAAGCGUCCGCCGUCUUUCAGAUCAAGAUGGCGACGUCGACCAGGAAAGAUGGCUGGAGAAUGACCGGGGUUUGACAAGCGACCAUGUUUCUGCUCGGAGACUGAUGCCCAUUCUUGCCGCGUCUGUUGUGAUGGAAACGGAGGACUAUCUGCACCCCGAGGGCCCUCAGCUGGGGAGCCCGGAGUUCAGCGCACCCAGUCCUCCUCUCACAAGUUCCAUGGAGAGUCAGCUGUAUCCGUCAAGCUCAUGGACGUACCCUCAGCAAACUCCCUACAGCCAGCACUAUCCUAUGCAAUCUGGGAGGCAGCUCCAGCCAAACCCGUCCUCCGUGUCUCUGGACCUGCCUGACAUAGACUUUCAUGACCUCGUGCAGAACGGAGAUUUCUCCCAGGAUCUGCCGUGCAUAGAUGACCUGUCCAACCAGUCACUGUUCUCCUCUCCGUCUGAUUCUCUGUCCGAGUAUCCUGACCCUUCAGGAUUUGCGGUCAAUGGCCUAGCACAGUUAUCCACCGAAGGCCCCGCGGCACCCAUGUACUGGGAUACACCCGGACACAGUCAGAGACAGCAGAACCUGAGCGCGUUUUCUGGUAGGUUGGAUGAUCUUAGCGCUCUCCUGUCUGCAUCAGUUGCAGGAUUUAAGACUGCUGCUCCUCCGCCGCUGGAGGAAGAGGAGGAGGCAGACGAGGAAGAGACGGAGGAGUUGGGCCACGCAGACACAUACGCCGAAUACAAACCAUCCAAAUCUACUAUAGGAAACUCUCAUCCUGAUUUUGUGGUGGAGACCAACACACUGUCCAGCGUUCCUCCUCCUGACAUCACCUACACACUGUCCAUUCCAGACAGCACCAUUAGCUCCAGCCGGCUGUCUGCCCUGCAGCUGGAGGCCAUCAUCUACGCCUGCCAGCAACACGAGGUGAUUCUUCAGAACGGUCAGAGGGCAGGGUUUCUGAUCGGAGACGGAGCCGGAGUCGGGAAGGGCCGCACUGUGGCCGGAAUCAUAUUGGAGAAUUUCUUAAAGGGACGGAAGAGAGCACUGUGGUUCAGUGUGUCAAAUGACCUGAAGUACGAUGCUGAGAGAGAUCUCAAAGACAUAGACGCUCCCAACAUCCCUGUGUUUGCUUUAAAUAAGAUUAAAUACGGCGAUACGGCUACCUCAGAAGGCGUUUUAUUCGCCACAUACUCGGCUCUGAUUGGAGAGAGCCAAGCCGGCGGUCAGCACCGCACCAGACUCAAACAGAUCCUGGACUGGUGCAAACCCAACUUUGACGGAGUCAUUGUGUUUGACGAGUGCCAUAAGGCUAAAAAUGCGACCUCUACUAAGAUGGGUAAAGCAGUCCUGGACUUGCAGAGCAAACUUCCCCGGGCGAGAGUGGUGUACGCUAGUGCCACAGGUGCUUCUGAGCCAAAGAAUAUGAUCUACAUGAGCCGACUGGGGAUCUGGGGGCAAGGAACGCCGUUCAAGACGUUUGAAGACUUCCUGCAUGCUAUUGAGAAGAGGGGUGUCGGAGCGAUGGAGAUUGUGGCUAUGGAUAUGAAAGUGAGUGGCAUGUACAUCGCACGCCAGCUGAGCUUUUCCGGCGUGUCGUUCCGUAUAGAAGAGAUCACACUGGACCAAGAGUUCAAACUGGUCUACAACAAAGCCGCCAGACUGUGGGCCGAGGCUCUCGAGCUGUUCUCCAGAGCUGCUGAUACACUGGGUCUGGCGUCCCGUAAGUCUCUAUGGGGUCAGUUCUGGGCGUCACACCAGAGGUUUUUUAAGUAUCUGUGCAUCGCCGCUAAAGUCCGUCGUCUGGUCGAACUCGCUCAUACUGAGAUGCAGCAUGGCAAGUGCAUCGUGAUUGGCCUGCAGUCCACCGGAGAGGCUCGUACCCGAGAGGUGCUGGACGAGAACGACGGACACCUGGACAGAUUCGUCUCCGCUGCUGAGGGUGUUUUCCAGUCAUUAGUUCAGAAACACUUCCCGACACAGAAACCCAAAAGAGAGAAAAGCGCCGCAAGCAAGAGGAAACGAAAACCCAGAGGCCGGACUGCAAAAUUUCCAAAGCACUGCAUGGAAGUGGGCGAGGUUAUUAAAAUCAGCGACGACUCGGACUCCGACUCGGACGAGAUUGACAGCGACUCUAACUCCUCCCCUGAUUCACUACAGGACAGUGAUGAUGUGAUUUUCGUCAACCACAUCAAUGGACCUGCUGCUAAACUAGAAGAACUCAAGCUGAGGCUGCUGGGUAAAAUAGCAGAGCUGGGGAAAGAGCUGCCGCUCAACACUCUUGAUGAGCUGAUUGACAGGUUUGGAGGACCAGAGAAAGUGUCCGAGAUGACGGGUCGUAAGGGGCGUGUGGUGCGGCGUCCUGAUGGCAGCGUUCGGUAUGAGACCAGAGCGGAGCAGGGCCUGACCAUUGACCACGUCAACAUUAGAGAGAAAGAGCGCUUCAUGACCGGAGAGAAGCUGAUAGCCAUCAUCUCUGAAGCAGCUAGUUCAGGCAUCUCUCUACAGGCGGAUAGACGUGUGCCGAACCAAAGGAGACGAGUUCACAUGACCCUAGAGCUGCCGUGGAGCGCAGACCGAGCCAUCCAGCAGUUCGGUCGAACGCAUCGCUCUAAUCAGGUUACAGCUCCAGAGUACAUCUUCCUCAUCUCUGAACUUGCUGGAGAGAGACGCUUCGCCUCCAUCGUCGCCAAGAGAUUGGAGAGCCUGGGGGCGCUGACACACGGGGACCGGCGAGCCACCGAAUCCAGAGACCUGAGCCAAUACAACUUUGAGAACAAAUAUGGCACCAAAGCGUUGGAUAAGAUCACUAAAGCCAUCCUCGGGUACAUCGACAACAAAGUCCCUCCACCGAAGGGCUACCCAGGAGGAGACAUCAUGUUCUUCAGAGAUAUGAAGAAAGGCAUGAUUGAUGUGGGAAUCUUCUGUAAGGAGCCGCGUCUGGGUCUGAAUACAGAGAAAGAUUGCUCCAUCACUAAGUUUCUGAACCGUAUUUUGGGUUUGGAGGUCCAUCAGCAGAACUCUCUGUUCCAGUACUUCACAGAUAACUUCGACUACCUGAUCAACAAGGACAAAAAAGAGGGCAAAUAUGACAUGGGGAUACUGGAUCUUGCUCCUGGUAAUGACGAGAUUCAUGAGGAGACACAGGAGAAGUUUUUAACUCCAGGAAACCCUCAGGAGGGCCAGGUCAUCCUCUAUAAGAUCAGCGUGGAUCGUGGGAUGCACUGGAAGGAGGCCUGCAGUAAAGCAGAGAAACUCACCGGAGUCUAUGAAGGCUUUUACCUCUCAAACAAGCUGCGCGGGAGUCAGCCGUGUGUCCUGCUCGCCGAACAGGGUCGGGGUCGCAAUCUCGUUCUGUACAAACCCAACAUCGGUAAACAAGCGCAUCCUGAGAACCUGGACAACCUGCUGCUGAGAUACUAUAAGGUGACACCCGACGAAGCAGAGGAUUUCUGGAAGAGUCAGUUUGACUUUUCUUUCACCAAAUGCACGCAUGCCAACUGGAAUGGUAAGUGUAAGCUGAUCGAGCAGGGCCAGGAGUGUUUUCUGGGGAUGCGUCUCAGACAGUAUCACAUGUUGUGUGGAGCGCUGCUCAGGGUCUGGAAACGAGUGUCUGACAUCGUCUCAGACAUCACCAACUCCAGCAUCCUGCAGAUCGUACGCCUCAAAACCAAACUGAACAGCAAGCAAGUCGGAAUAAAAAUCCCAGAGAGCUGCGUGUCUCGUGUUCGCGCUGAGCUCUCUCGGAUGGACGGGGAGGUGAAGAAAGCGCGACUGGAGAGAGAGAGGUUCGCAAAUGACCAGCGUCUGCGUCAACAGAUGCUAGCCAAGAUGAUCAACGCCCGCAAGCUCAUCGCAAAUCCUCCACACUUGCUUCAGAACCACCCUCACUUCCCACGAUCCCUUGCGGCGAAGCCAAAGAGCGAAGCCAUCAGCGAAGUCCUGGAUCUGACCAUCAGCCCCUGCCCAUCGCCGGACAUCAAAACGCCCGCACCAGACCUAAACGGCAUGACGCUAAACGGAGGCAUGCUAGGUGGAAGAGGACGCUCGUGCGCGGCUGUCCCCGAGACAUUCAACCUGGAAGAUUUGAUUUCCCAGGAGCAGCAGAGACACAGGCAGGUCGCGUUAACCCCAAACAUGCGCAUGUUGUCGUCGUCGUCGCAUGCCACUACGAACGUUUCGCAACCGCACGUUCCCACACUAAAGCAGAGUCAUUCGUUUGGGGUGCUAACACAGCAGCAGCAGCAACAGAGCGGCUCGCGUGCGAUUUUAUCGCAGAUGCACCGAGGCCAAGACAAGUCGCUCAUGCUGCAGCUUUUCAUGCAAAUGCAACAGCAACCCGGCGUGUCGACGCAAUCCCCGCACAUUGCGCUGCACCAGAACAGUCAACACAUGGCGCACACUUCAAACACACACUUGCUGUCGAAACCGCACGCGAACGAACAUGCACAGUCGCAAUCCUUUCAGUCGCAAUCCCUGCCGUCGCAACCCCAAGCCAUGCAAUCGCAUGCAACUCAGCCUACUACUACUACUACAGAAAGAACGAACGAUGAGUUUGAUUUCGACGACUUGGACUUCGGUUACCCCUCCCCCGAUUCGCAACUUCAAUACCCGUUCACCUCACAAGCCCUGCCAUCCUCGACUCCGCCCCCUCCUCCUUACUCCUCCUCCUUAUUCGCAUCAGCGCCUACAAACUCCUCCCUCUCAGACUCUAGCUCCUCCUCCUCACACUUCACACCGUCAUCCUCUUCCUCCGAACAGACGCAUCUGUUACCAAACGGCCACAGCAGUAUAGAUGCCCUGGAGACGCUUGAUCACAUGAUCCAUGGAGCGCCCUCGGAUCACCGCCAGUCCGUCAUCCAGUUCAAAACAUUGGACUGGGAUGCCACAUAAAGACUCAAACACUCAGUCAAAUGUUUUUUGAGAUCUUUUCCCCCUCAAGUCAUUCUCAGUCCAUAAGCUAAGAGUUGCGUUCGGUUCGUUGGCGAUCAAUGGGCACUUGGAAUCAGUUUGGUUUUUGUUUGCCUUAUUUGAAGCAAUAGGGCUUUACCACCCACCAUUUCAUCACAGCAGACAUUGAGGUAAAAGAGAUGUUUAUUUAUUAAGAUAUUGGUGUAUACUGUUUCCUGUCCUAGGGAGUUUAUUUUCGAAUGAAUGCCUUCUGUUAAAUCAGUGCCUUUAUCUCCUUUAGAUGCAGUCUUGUGUGCGUACAUAUAUAUAUAUUUCUAGACAGAGUAGUGCUUUAUUAUUUAUUUCCUCCGGCGUCUGUCUCCUUUACCUGGGUUUUUUCGUAGAGGGCGUUUGGACCCGAUCGCAUUAUUCUGAAACUGCUGUUUGACCCCAUAACCCUGUGAAUUUCUCAGACUCCUCCUACAUUUCAAUAAUCCGAACACAGUGAAAAAUUCGUUUAAACACGUUAUAGCGAAGACGCCGCUCAAGAGCAGAUCGCUUUCUGCAGAAUACUUUCUCAGGUAUGGUAUAGACUCAUCACUGUCCAAACGAAAGAUAAUUUUAUGAAAUAUAAUAGAUCGCGGAUUGAUCUUUGGGAAUCAAGAAUCAAAAUAUUUAUUAGAAGACUUCAGUGUUUCCCACAGACUUACACUCUAUGUGUGGCGGCACUUUCCCUGGGGGAAAUGUAUAUAAUGUAAAUAUAAAACCGCUGGCUUAUUGAAAGUGCAAAUUCAUUCUCUGCCAGCAGGGGGCGCUUUAAAAGCAGCAGAAAUAGCGGUUUCCCUGAUAACGGCUGUAAUCAGUGCGCUAAUGAACGCUACUUUAUCAGACAUCAAAGAAAAGAUUAAAUUAAAUUGACAUCAAAGCUUUUCCGAAGACAAUCGGUUUCCUUCAAAAAAAGAUACAUUCAUAUAAAAACACCCGAGCCGUCUUUUGGUUUUUAAAACGUGCCGAGCUCAUGUUUAUUCAACAAAGUCAAAGCCUUUAGGAAAUCUAUUUAAUAAUUCACUAUACGGGACACCUGAGAGAAUACAGGACCUCACGUUGAGAGCCGUGCGAAGCAAUAAAAACCAAACGAAUAUUAUUAAAAUCAAAUACUGCCCCACGAACAACUAUAAGAACGCGAUUCUCUUUAUAUCUGUUCAGAAGUGAUAUUUUUGCAUUGUGUUGAAGAAUAUUAUAUUUGUUAAGAGAAUGAAACGGAUUUGUUUGUUGUUUGUUGGUUUGUAUGUAUGAGGUCAAUGUUUUUUCCUUUUGGUCUUGUAUUCUCGUGUAGUUGGAAGCAAAUGUAUUGGCGUAUUUCCUAUUGCUAUUCGUAUUAUUAUUGUUAUUAAUACUAUUAUUAUUGUUGCUAUUUAUAUCCAAGGGACAUUAUUUGUAGAGGUAGUGUUUGUUAUAAUCACAUGUAGAAGUUGAAACACUUUUCCAAUGCCUUGUCAGGGUUUUAUUUGAUUUCUCCUGCUCCCAAAAACACGGAGUCAAAGCCUGCGACCUGCCACCGAAUGGAGCUGCACUGUUCUGCGCUGCUGUCUGCGUGUUACUUAUUCCUGAACUCCCAAAAAUGCAGUUUUCUGUUGAGGUUUGUGCGUCUGGUUUCCCAUCGCGCCAAAGUGUUCUGUGCAGUUUUUGCAGGCUCCGUACGGUCGUGCUUAAUCUCAGGAAAAGUGGUGGGAAAGAAUGCGCCGUCGCAGAGAAAGACGCGUGAUACUGACUACUGUAUUCUUCACGCCUGGCUGCCGUAUUCUAGACUUGAAGUUUAUGAGAGAAAAUGCGAAUAUAGGAAUAUUGCUUGUUUAUUACUACAAGUUCUCUGCUUUUUUGUUGUUGUUUUUUUUUUUUUUUUGAGAAUUUUUAUGCAAGCAGUUUCGACUGGAUUGGUUAAAUAUGAGGUUUGUUCCCGUGAGGCUGUGAUUGGCUCCAGAUCCUCAGUUUUAAUAAUUUUUGUGUGUGAAAACUUCAGAUGUGUUUUGUCCUGACAACUUGCCAGAAUUUACAGAAAAUACAAAGAAAUCACAAAUGAACACUUUAAUAAUAAUAAUAAAAACAAAACAUUUAUUAAAACUGCUACUGAUUGUAUGUACUGUUGUUGUUGUUGUUGUUGUUGUUAUAUAUUAUUAAUAUUUCCAGUUAGAAUUCUGUUCAGCACUUUUACUUUGAGCUUCUUUGUUUUAUCCCCAUAUUUAUGAGUUUAGAUGGAACUGUAAAUAGUGUAAACAAAUGUGCCUUUCGACUCAUUCUCAACGUUUUCUACAUUUAACAGAAGGAAUAUAUUGUACUGCAAUAUCAUUUUUAACAAAAAAAAUAAAAUUUUAAGAGUUUGUUCAA